AUGUCCCAAGUCAACGUACAGAAUGUCUUCAAGGGACCAGACUCAGUUAUCAACUACUUCAAUCCAGAUUUACAGCCACCACUGCCUCUGGUAGAGGUUCCUCCCGAGCUGAAUCCCUUCCGAGGCGAUAAUGUUCGUAUUUACGCCAAAAUGCUCACGACGCUACCAGCCCAAAACGUAAAGAUGUUCCCAGCACUGAACAUGCUCCUCCAAGAUCCAACCGCAGCGUCCAAGUCGAUCGUUGAAGCGAGCUCGGGGUCCACGGCUCUCUCUCUCAGCAUGGCCUCCCGCGUACUGUGGGGAAACGAGGAUGUGUGUGCCUAUGUUACCAACAAAAAGCACCCUGAUCAGCUGCGGAUCCUGCGAUUCUUUGGUCUCAAAGUUUCGCUUUAUGGCGGCUUGGCACAGCAAGAACCGCAUGAUCCGAGAGGAAUCAUGUGGAGGCUUAGGAAAUUGGCAAAACACGAUGAGAGCGUUUGCUAUCCAGGACAGUAUGACAAUGAUCAUAACUGGAAGUCACAUACAAGAUGGACAGGACCACAGAUUCUUCAGCAACUGCCAGAGAUAAAUGUGCUUUGCACAACGGUUGGAACUGGAGGGUGCAUUACAGGAACUGGCGUAUACCUCAAAUCGCAGAAGAAAUCUGUCAAAGUCGUGGGGGUAUGUAAUGUCUUCGGUGAUCCAACACCCGGACCUAGACAUUUCCCAGGAUUUGAAAGUAGCAGGUUUCCGUGGAGAGAUACCAUAGAUACAUUUGAGUCAGUGGCAUCCAUGGAUUCGUACGAUAUGUCAAUGCAGAUGUCCCGAAGAGGGAUAAUUUGCGGGCCCUCCUCCGGUGAAGCUCUCUGUGGCUUGAUCCAGUAUCUACAGAAAAUAAAGGACGAGGGAAACCUACAAGAUCUUGCGGAUAACUCGAGUCGGGAGAUAUCUUGCGUCUUCAUCUGUUGUGAUCUGCCGUAUCAGUACAUGGAUGGCUAUUUUCAAAAGCUCCAAGACGAGAAAUUUCCCCCGAUCAUGAAUGAGAUCUUACUCAAGUGUGACCAGGAUAGGUAUGACGAGCGCUGGGAGCUCACACCUGAGGAAGCUGUCCUUGCUGUGUCCCGGAAAAUCAAAGAUAACCAAGGCCCCCUCCGCCGAAGUUGCAACCGCCAAUCUUGCAGAGAGCGAGCAUCAUGCAGGAGUUAUCGACGAACACAGCCCACUGUCUUGGAUAUACGGCAAGGCAGCGAUUUCAGGAAGGGUCAUAUUCAGGGCUCAAUUAGCAGUCCUCUGAAGAAUCUGAGCGAAAUGACCGAGGAUGUUUUCGGGGAUCCCAACGCUAUAUACUUGCACUGGGGCAACUUGAAGAGCAAGUUUGAUCUAGAAGGACAUCGAAUCGGUUCAAAACACUCGCCAGUACUAAUACUUUGCUAUGACGGCGAUAUCUCCCGAUUAGCCACUUCUAUGUUAAGAGGAAGGGGCUAUACUGCAUUUGGUGUUCAAGGGGGGUUUCCGGCUCUGCGUUUAUAUCUCAAGGAAAGGGGCAAAUGA